GAUCAAAGUGUCCGUAUCGGUAAAGUACUUUAAAGAUGUUGGAUCCCAAUGAGGAUACCGAAUGGAAUGCUAUACUCAGGAAUCAUGAUAUCUUGCCUCCGAAAGAAGACGCGUCUGUUGAGGAAUCAGAGCCUGCUCUGGAUUCGAAGACGGCGUUGCAAACAAUGACCGUGGAUGAGAUAAAAGAAAAGCUGGAGUUAAUGGAAGAUCGUGGUCUGGACGAUGAGGAUGCCAAGUUUCUAGAGGAGUAUCGCAGGAAGCGUAUCGCAUUGCUGAAAGAAGAAGCUGCGCAAGCUCGGUUUGGCUGUGUAAAGGAAAUCACAAAGUCAGACUGGAAGACCGAAGUCAACGAAGCCGGUGAUCACUAUGUUGUCAUUCAUAUUGCGCAGAGGGGGCACGCGUUGUGCAACCUGGUCCACAGCUAUAUGACAACUUUGGCGCGCAAAUUUCCCACAGUGAAGUUUCUCCGUGGCGAGUCGUGUCUUUGCAUUCCUGAUUUCCCAGAGUACAAUCUGCCAUCAUUAUUAAUAUAUCGGGAUGGUGAUUUGCAAAACCAGUUGGUCGGGCCUGACGCACUGGGAGGAAAGUCUGUAUCCGCCAAAAGCCUUGAGUGGCGUCUGGCCAAGCUGGGUGUCCUAGAAACCAAGCUGUCUGAAGACCCAGCAAAUCGUGUGCGCAUUUCCACCGUGACUGGCCGAUCGGUCAAUAGAAUCACACAUGGGCUUUCUGACGGGGACGAUAACUCAGACUCAGACUAA